AUGCCUCUAACGACACCCGUCCUCACGGUGGACGCCGACAACAUCCACAAGGUGGAUACGGCCAAUGCUCAAAGUCUUCAUGGAAUGUGGAUGGUAUUCUCAAAAUGUGCCGACUACAUGGAUCAGGGCCGCCGACUGGAAAACCUCAGCUGGCGGUUGUGGACCCGCGAGACCUUCUGCGUCGAGCCCAAGUCCAACAACAGUACCUCCGCCUUACCAUUACUUCGCUCCGAAGCGGGUGAUUUGCCGGAGCUCUCCGCCAGUGUCGAGUCGGCCGCGUCCGACCAAGCCGAGCGGAUCGAAGCUCACAUCAAGCGCCCCAAGUUCAACGACUACCGACCUGCUGUCGUUCGCGAGGACUCGCUGGCUAGCCUAGGCCGUGGAAAGGAGAAGCACAUCACCUCGCUGGAUCUCGAACGCAUGGUUCUCAACAUCAAGGAAAAGAAGUGCUUGGAACCGAUUACUCCUGCCGUCGAGCCUGCUGCGCCCGUCGUCGAUAUCACUCCUCGCCCUUCUACUCCGACUCCUACCCCUCCCUCUGUCUCUACUGCUCGCCAGGUUCCUCAUUUCACACGCCCGAUUCACUAUCCCCACGAGUCGACGGAGUCCUGCUCCACUACCGCCCCCGAAGGCAACGAGAGCGACACUGCUCAGGUUAACGCCUCUGAUACUAGCGUUUCAUCAUCGGGUGUUCUUCCCAGCCGACCUGAAUUGAUCAAGUCUCCUAGCAUCGUUCGCGGAUUCUCCCCUUCACACAUCUCCUCUUCCUUCCGAUCGCAGCCGAGACUGGCCAUCGACCCGAGUCCCUCCCAUUCCGCUACUCAAUUAAGGUCUUCCCCACUGAAGAAGAAGGGCGGCAUGUUUACAUUGGGUGGAUCUUCUGGAGACGAUGACGAAAGUUCCUUUGAGGAGCGUAUGGGUCCCCAGGUGGCUCAGGAAACUGCGCCCGGCGGAGGAUUAAAGCCGAAAACCAGCAACCCUAGUUCUGCGAAAAAGACGGCAUCUUUCAGCAACCAGGUUUCCCACAUCAUCCCCAACCCCAAGGACAUCAGUCGAUCCGACGAAGAUGCCAUUGAAACCGACGACGAAGUUUCAGAGAGCGCGAUUGAGGAUGAUGAAGAUUCGGAUUGGGAGGAUUCAGUCACCGAAGGUGGCGAGUCCAGCGUCGACGACCGGGGCGAGCUUUUCCAACGGGUGGAUUCCCGACCCAACCUUGUGUCGCGGCGCUCGAUGCUCACUAUGAUGAUGCACCAGCCGGCCCGGAUGCAAGGGAACGCGUUCCGGUCCAGUCCCGCGCUCCAACGAUCCCGGUUGACCUCACCCAACGGUCCAUCGAUUCCUACGUCUCCGCCUCCAAAAGACGAGGAAAGCUUGACUAUGCGCGGCCCGGAUGUACCCCGGUCGAAGCCUAUUGGCAUGAAGCCGGGUGGAUGCCAGUCCAUGGCUCACUCUCCUCGGACUACCCGCCGCAACAUGCUUGCAACCGAAUUGACCGAGUCCCUCCGCCGCCAUCUUCUCUGGGAGCGCCAGCAGAAGAGCGCUACCGCCAAUGCCUUCUUGAAGCGCCGACACACCGCCCAUGACAUGAAGAACCUUCAGGAAUACCCAGGUCCCAAUGGCCCUCACAGGGGUGUCGGUCCGAAUCAAUCCAGCGCGGAAGCCGACCCCAAUGCGGCCAACUUCGACCCUGCUAAGAAUGGCUCCUGGACCAACUACACUACCGACUUCGGUCCUUGGGAGUACCACGUGAAGGGAUGGUAG